GAGGUACCGUGGGAUCCCUGCUGCAUCCGCGCCUCCCCCAGGCCUUUAGGGCUGCUUCAGGAGAGACACUGCGUGGGAGGAGUCCCCCUGGGAAGUGCAGUCUUUGGAGAGAGCAAACAAAGCAUCUGUGCAGUGUGUUCAUUUAACGUGUUCAUCCAAGUAUUUCAGCAUUCUGGUUUCUUCUUGAAGCUAUCUUUCCCACCUUGGAAGAGAAGGUGCUUUCUGGGGAAAGUUCUUCAUUUAAAAAUUAAAUAAAGUUAAGCCUUCACUGCAGCUUUUAUGGUGUUCAAAACAGUUCCAAAAAGCAUGUACCACCAGUGGAGAUAACUUUACUUCUCAUGAAUGUGCAAACCAGAAACUAGUGCUUACUACGGAUAUCUAAUUAAGUACAACUUGAUCUCAUCUGCUGUGAGGGUAUUUCAAACUAUCAAAGGAAAAAUAGGCAAUUCUUUCCAACAGAUCUUAAUCUAGUGUCAGUUAAAAUAUCUGCCCAGCUUUUGAUAGCUGGAGGCACUUGUUACGGACCAGAUACAAAUCUAAUGAGUGCGUGAGGAGGAAGGAAUGGCAUCGCGUCAGGUAAGAGUUUUGGCCAAAGAUGAAACCACAGUUGUGCAUUAAUUUGAGAUAAUAACAAAAUAGUGUGUACCCAAAAUUGUGCCCAAUUAGUUGCCUGCUCCCAGACUGAUUCUUGUAUCUGACAAGAGGUUACGCCGACCUUUUUUUAAAAGCAUAUCCUUUAUGUUUAAAAUGAAGGUGGAAAGAUGUGCAAGAAUCUAGGUAUGACAUUGGGUGCUGAUGUGCACGCAGAUUAAAGUCAUGUUUUCAGGUUGUAACAGGCAGUAUCAUAAUGGAAAUAAUUAAAUGGGGCUUGGGGAAAAAAAAUCAUGCCUGGUACCAGCCCAGAACUUUUAUGUUCCUACACAAAAUGUUUAUUUGGUUCCAGUACCAGCAGUGUUGGCACGUUAGGCUUGUUAAGAACAAGACCUUGUUGGUGACGGGGAGUUUGUUGUUGGCACCGAUUGCUUCUCAAGGGGUAGCUGGAACCUGGUCGGUGUUUUACAGCAAACAUCUGCCUCACCACAAAUAAUGUGCAGUGCUGGGUAAGAUUUAGCAGAGUGCUGGGCAUGGGCUGCCGUGAGGUUGGCUCAGGACCGCCCCGGGGCCUGGCCUGCAGACACAUCAGCUGAGGCAAUGUCACUGACAGACAGCUGUCCCGCAGCCCCGCUCCCCUGUUCUCCAUUCAUUCCGUGUUCAUGAAGUGUCCACACGUUAUAAGGGUUUUAAAUACUGGCUGCAAGGCAAGAUGUGGCCUGUUGCUUCUGUCACACACGAGCUGGUUUCUGGAGCCGGACACUGUGCUGCUGGGGGCAGCAUCUGCAGGCAGCUGGACUCGCAGCAAAGCCGGACGGGGAGCCUGUCCUGCCUGAGUGUGCCCGAGGGAAGAACGACAAGUCCUGGAGGCUGCAAGUCAAAGAGAAGCUCAGCAGCAAAGCGUGUUUCUGUGCAUCCUUGUCUUUAAAGGUCGCUGGCAGGUAGCAUGAACAGUUAGUUCCAUUUUUCACAUUUUGGGUAGCUAAGGCACAGAGCAGGAAGGAAUUCUUCAGGCAGGAGUCCGGUUUGAGGUUGUGUUGCUUUAUCAUUUCACCCAAGGAGAGUAUUCUGGUUACAAUUCAGUGUUUUAUUUUCUUUGUUGCUGUAGACACCGUUGUCAAGUCCCAGAGUUUGCUGUAAAUAAUUCUACAGUAUAAAAUGACAUUUGUUUUUCACAAUAUCAGUUUUCUGCCUCCUCCCUCUAUCCUGUCUUUCCAGCACUUACUUUAGAAAAGCUAGAAAGAUCAGUUAUGCAGUGGGCCUGACUUGACGUUUAAAUGCUGAGAUGGGGCAGAAAUCCCACCGGUGUGCUGCUGCCUGGUUCCAACUCGCUGCUGUGGCCGUGCUGCCGCCUCGCCCCGCCGGCACGCCGGGCAGCCACCACUCUCGGCAGGUGGACUUUGGCCGAAGUCCGACCUUCACCUCUCUUCACAGCAAGAGCGGGUGUCUCUGUUUUGAAGCUGCCGGGAGCCCAGCGCAUAGCUACCGAAAAUAAAUGUGGAAUGAGCCGAUUGAUUUAUUUGCAUGUUCUAGCCCAGCAAUUAAUUCUGCUUUUGGGAGGCAGAACCAAGCAACAAACAUGUCGUAAUGCCAGAUUGGAGCUGAUAAUGGAUUCCUCCCUUCCUCAGCCCUUCGCUAGCGCAGAGAUCAGCCUAUUAAGGAAUAAUCUCCUGGAGCAUCGGGGCCGGCUCCAGCGAGGAUCACCACCGGCUGCACCGCGGCAGCGUGGAGCCCAGCCGAUGGCUGGAGAUGGAGCCAGAACCCACAGAGUAAAUGAAUUGACCAGACAGAAGGCAAACGACAUUUUGGAGGAAGAACUUCACAAGAGCAGCGCAAAUACUGAAAUAAUCUCUAGAGAUGUUCUGCAGAUAUUUUUGCUUCUUCAGUCUGUGGCUUUUCCUCCCAACCCAAAGGAGGUGCUCGCUGGGUCAUGUAUCCAACCUGGGCGGUCAUGUAUCCAACCUGGGUGGCAGCGACACGACAUCCCUCCCUGGAUUUGAGAACCUCACUGUGGGAUACAACAAAUACCUCAGGCCCUACUUUGGCGGAGAACCUGUUCAAAUCGCAAUGAGCCUGGACAUUGCCAGUAUUUCUAGCAUAUCUGAGAGUGACAUGGAUUAUACAGCUACUAUAUAUUUGCGGCAGCGCUGGACAGAUCCGCGGUUAGUCUUCCAUGGCAACAAGAGCUUCACGCUGGAUGCCCGUCUGGUGGAAUUGCUCUGGGUACCAGACACGUACAUCGUGGAGUCAAAAAGGUCCUUCCUGCACGAUGUCACUGUCGGCAACCGCCUCAUAAGAUUGUUCUCUAACGGUACCAUCCUGUAUGCCUUAAGAAUCACUACUACUGUUGCUUGUAACAUGGACCUGUCAAAAUAUCCUAUGGACACACAAACAUGCAAACUCCAGCUAGAGAGCUGGGGAUAUGAUGAAAAUGAUGUCAUCUUUACAUGGCUGAGAGGAAACGACUCUGUCCAUGGCAUAGAAAGGCUGCGGCUCUCUCAGUACACGGUGGAACGUUACUACACCCUGGUCUCGAAGUCACAGCAGGAGACAGGCAGUUACCCACGACUGAUCCUGCAGUUUGAGCUGAGAAGAAACAUCCUUUAUUUCAUUUUGGAGACCUACGUGCCAUCUACUCUGCUCGUCAUGUUGUCCUGGGUUUCUUUUUGGAUCACCCUGGACUCAGUGCCUGCCCGGACCUGCAUUGGUGUAACAACAGUGCUCUCCAUGACAACUCUGAUGAUCGGCUCACGAAGUUCACUCUCAAAAACCAACUGCUUCAUUAAGGCCAUUGAUGUUUACCUUGGCAUCUGCUUCAGCUUCAUCUUUGGUGCCCUCGUGGAAUAUGCAGUGGCUCACUACAGCUCCUCACAGAAAUGUACAGCUAAAACACCUCAGGAGGGGCCUGCAAAUGAACUUACUAAAGAAAUGGAAGAAGUCAACAUCGCUAACAUCUUCAACAGCUCCAUCGCCAGCUACAAACGGAAAAUCAGUUUUACAAGCAUUGAAAUUUCGAGUGACAAUAUUAACUACAGUGACUUGACCAUGAAAACUCAUGAGAAAAUCAAACGUGUCUUGAGAAACAAAAUGCACAGAAUUAUCGGUUAUUUCACAAUUCAGAACCCCAGCAAUGUAGACCACUACUCCAAAUUGCUUUUUCCAUUGUUUUUUAUGUUGGUCAAUGUGUUUUAUUGGGCUUAUUACUUGUAUUUUUAGUAGAAACAGAUUGCGUUGUUCUCCCACUCCGGUGGGAGAGGGAUCCUGCCAGCGAGCCCCUAGGUAUCUGACCUCAGCGAACACACUGUGGACAAAAUGCUCUGUUGUGAUUCCUGAGGUAUGGAGCAGAACAGUGUGUGGGGUACGUUAGAUGCAAAGCCUUCGUGCUUCAGCAGUAGCGACAUUGACUCUGGACACUUGCUUGUUCAGCUGAGUGGCUCUGCUGGGCCCUUGUGCUUGUACUGGCUCUCCGUUCCAGCAUCCAGCCUCUCAUCUGGCCAGGGAUGAGUGCACAGGACUGCAUGUGGCAGGCCACGGACUACUAGAGGCAGCAAAAUUAUCCUGGUAACCUGGAGUAGGUUGGAACCUUCUAGUUUCUAAGAGGAUGUUGUUCUUUGUUUGCAAGAGAUAACAGCAACAGAGGGACCGUGACAGCUGACUCAAUAGCUCCUCUGUUCAAGGAAGUGAACCCAAAGGCAGCCGCGUGCUGUGCAUAGAGGAACGGCUCCCAUGCGUGGCGCUUCCUUGUCUCGGGGAUGUUGUGGUGCCAGAGCAGUGAUUUCAGUGCUGCUGGCAGCAGCGCGGUUGUGUGCCUCGCUGUUUGUAAUGCCUGGCUGACUCACUGAUAAUCCUCACUUGCUGAAGUUACCCAUCCCUGAGACAGGUGGAGGGGCUCUUCGUUGGUAGAGCUGUGUUUUUUUGGAGAUUUGGGAACAGGAACUUCAGGCAGCAGAACUGUUUGUAAUCCAUCUCCUACUCUUACUGUUGUGCUGUUUUGCUGCCGUUGAGCAGAUUCUGCGAUCUCCUUGUCUUCCUCACAAAUAGAUUCCUCUUCACCCUGGAGAGUGCCUUAUGAGCAGCUCUUGUUCCUUGCCAGCCGUAAACAAGAGCGGCCAAUUUCUUGUCCCCUGUUUGUAUGGCUCUGCAGCUGUGGUGAGUCAGCAGUGCUGCUGGGGAAAAAAAACAUGCAUGGGGAGCCAGGGUACGAUGAUCCAAAUCAAUCUUUUACUCUCUGUUUAAGGCUGAAAAAAAGCACUACAUUUCUGCAGCAGUUCAUGUUCUAAGUGGGCUAUGGAGACUGGCAGUUGGCUUUAUUCAUUCGGCAACGAGCAGGACUGAGAGCUCUGUUACAGAAGUAAGUUAAAUGGUGGUGCACACUUCAAACACUGAAUCUUUGGGAACCAAAUGGCAUUUGGUGCUAUGUAUCUUUAGGGUACUGGAUUUUAAAAUGAACAUUUUAUGGCAGAUUUUUUUCCCACUUAUUAGUCUAUGCAAGUUUCAUAAACUUGAGGGUGUAAUCCCACAGUUUUGCAGGCAAAACCGUAAUUGCCUGCAGUGGCUGCUAGUCAGCAGGGGUUUUGGCUGAGGGAGGCCUCCCAGCACGUAGUUCGUAUUACAGCCCCACGCAUGCAGUGGGACUUGCUAUAGAAGGUGGGCAAAGCACAUCAAACUAUAGAUUUUUAUUUUUUUUUUACUUUAAUAACUUUUUAUUGAACCACUCCACCACACUAUAUUGUGAAGGAUCUAAGCCACAUAUUCAUAAAUCAUAGAUUUACAAAGAGCAGCACAAAAAGACAAAGGGGAACAGACUGACAAUGGCAAGUGAAUAAACACAAACUCCAAUAAUGAAAUGUUGGCUUGUAUAUACUGGCAUUUAAACUCCAUUCCAUAAAAUGUAAUAAAGUGAGUAUUGGUGAUAUGAACACAAACCCCCCAGAGAGAUCCUCUAUUAAAAAAUCAUUGCCUCC